UGGUGGUGUCGUCCCCUUUAAAAAUAACACCGGAUAUACAGUUUCCGGUUUAACUGGUCCGUCAGUCAAAUUGAUCCGUAAGCAAAUGUAAAGAAGAAGGGGUUAUGGCAACAAUGAUUGAGGAAAAUGGUCCUUCGACUCAUGAGCAGUCUGAAGUGUCCCCGUCGUCCCAGGCCCGGCAGAAACUAGAGGGGCUCCUUAACAAAAACAUGAGGAUCCGCAUGACAGACGGACGGACUCUGGUGGGGCUCUUCCUCUGCACAGACCGAGACUGCAACGUGAUCCUCGGAUCAGCUCAGGAGUUCCUCAAAUCCACAGACAUAUUCUCCCAGGGUGAACCCCGCGUCCUGGGCCUGGCCAUGAUCCCCGGUCACCACGUGGUAUCCAUCGAGGUGGAGGCGGACAGUCUGGAAGACACGCAACGAUUUGGAGCAAACCGUUGAUGAAGCCUCUGAUGACACUCAGUGCACAGCGUGACUGUCUCUAGGUGAGCCAGCUGAGCUCAAAGGAGGGUCGACGACAUCUUCGUUGGAGGAUUUUAUCCCUUUAACAGAUACAGACACAGAACUCUGGAUUCAGCUCUUCCCUCUAUGCUUGCAGUGACGGCACAACACAGCCUGUGUGGGUAAACAGCAGCUACCUGGAUGUGUGUGGACAAAGUGUUUGUGUAUAGUUACCGUGUUGGUUUCAUUAUGUUUUGAAGAAUACAUUGCUGUAUUUAAAGACUUUGUGUUUAAUUAUCAUCAACAGAAAUGGAUAGAAAGUUCAUUUUAUUGGAAAUGUGACGAUAUGUAAUAGCAAAAACUAAAAACUGUCUUCAUUCAUAAAAAAAGAUCAUGAAUCA